UUACGUAUACGCGAAUAAUCUGUGUCUAUUACGACAAAAUCAAAGCAUCGCUAAGGAGCUAUCACAAUCGCAGGAUCAUCUCGCAAAUAUUCCUGGUAUCGUGCAUACAAUUGGUGACCAAGACUUAAUUCCCAUGAAAAAGUUGUUUGCGAAAUUAUAUCUGUAUAAAAGCUCUUGAAUGAAAUCAAACAGUUUUGGCUAUUUAAGGUUAUAUAACCUCUAAAUUUGUAUAGUGUAUAUCGUAAAAAUUUACGGUGAAAAUUCAUAUGAUUAAACAAGUCAUGGAAAGCAAGGAGGACCGAAUUAGGGUAAAGGAAGAGCCGAAUAAUACUUGGCCGAAUGAAGGUGAUAAUUAUGUUUUUUAUCCGAACCACUCUUGCGCACCAAAUAAUUGGGAAUCAUCCUCAUUUUAUAAAUCACCAGAUAAUUACAUGAAUGAGGUUAUGGCGUUACAGGACAAGUCAGAUAAAAAAAUAUUUACAGAAUUUGAGUGCAAAGAUGUUAAACUUAAACUGGAAUCUUUAUCUUCAAACAUUUGCAAUGCGGAGUACCAAAGUUACCAACCUAUCAUAAAAAUUGAAAACGAAAAUAAGACCAAUAACAUAAAUGAAAAUAUAUUCAUUGAUUUUGAAUGCAAAGAUGUUAAACUUGAACUGAAGUCUCUACUGAUAACCACCUGCAAAACUGAGUAUCGAAAUUGCUUACGUAUUAUAAAAAUGCAAAACCAAAUUCAGACUGGUAACGAUACAGAUCAGAUAAUUUUAAUAAAAAAAGAAUUGGAUUAUAAAAAUAAUGAUCGAAUUCUAGAAAAGACCCGAUUAAAUCUUUACGAAUCCGAGGAUGUGAAAAUAUUGAAUUCAAGUACUCGAACAAAAUUAUUUCAUGAGGAUAAUUUUUGUCGAAAAACUAAUAACAAAGAAGCGAGUUUAAAUACACUUAUAUUUUCGAUGCACAAAAGCAUUAGACCACACGAAUGUAAAAUUUGUCUGAAAUUAUUUCGAUACCAGAAGGAUCUCAAAAGGCACAUAAUAGCAGUACAUCUUCGUAAUAAACCCUUUAAGUGUGACAUUUGUAAGAAAUCAUUUGGUCAAAAAUCUCAACUUCCGUGUCACAUAAAUGCAGUUCAUGAUCGGAUCAAACCCUUCGAGUGUGCCAUUUGUCACAAAUCAUUUGGAUACCGGGGUGAUCUCAAGAAACACAUAAGUGAAGUGAGUCCUUUGCCCAAGAUGUACGAUCAAAAACUC